AUGGAUAAGUAUAUGAUUAUAUCGCCGAUCGGCGAAGGAUCUUUUGCAAAAGUUUAUCGUGCUCGAGAAAAAUUCACUGGCCGAGAUGUUGCACUGAAGUUUAUAUCGAAAUUAGGGAAAAGUGAAAAAGAUUUGAACUUCUUACGACAAGAAAUCGAGAUUUUGCGAAGAAUGAAACAUGAAAACAUCGUGGAAAUGAUCGAUAGUUUUGAAACAAGCAAUGAAAUCGUCGUUGUGACCGAGCGUGGUUUAGCUGAUCUGUUUCAAUUAUUAGAAGACGAUGUCAGCUUACCGGAAGAGACGGUACAAAAGAUUGCUUGUCAAUUGGUAUCCGCUCUCUACUAUUUGCAUUCGCAUCGAAUUUUACAUCGAGAUAUGAAACCACAAAAUAUUCUUAUCUUUCCGGCAGGAAAAGUUAAACUAUGCGAUUUUGGUUUUGCUCGAAAUAUGACAAUGGAUACCAUGGUACUAACAUCGAUUAAGGGAACACCGCUGUACAUGUGUCCUGAACUGGUAGAUGAAAAACCGUAUGAUCACUCAGCAGAUCUAUGGGCGCUUGGCUGUAUUUUAUAUGAAGUUUAUCAUGGUAAACCUCCGUUUUUUACCAACAAUGUCUUUCAUUUGAUCAAAAUGAUUGGCAAAGAAUCUGUCAAAUGGCCAAAGUCAAUCAGUUCCGAUAUGCGUAGUUUUCUCGAAGGUCUUCUUACGAAAGAUUCGACACAACGUUUAACAUGGCCUGAUCUUUUACAACAUCCAUUUGUUCGAACGGGAGUAAAAGUUCCAACAUUAACUGAAUCAAUUGUUGGACCUUUGACGCAACCGCCAACGGAAGAACAGCGAAUUCUAAAACAACAGCAGAUUAAAGCUAAAGGUGUUUCGCGUGGACCUUCGAAACUUCUUUCGAAAUUCAUGCCAGAAGAACAUCGAAAACAAGAAGCACAGAAAUCACCUGGAAAUAAAGACAAAACUCCAAAGAAGACAAAAGCUAAUACACCACAGAAACCUGAAGUUCAGCCACAUGCUCCUGCUCCACAAAUUCAACCGCCUCCACCACCUUCGCAACCACCUGUGCUUGUUGCUGAGCCAGUUGUUAAUAAAUCAGCCCUCAUCGCAGACUCUUUGGCUAGUCAAGAGGAUAAAUUCGUUUCUGCACGUGAGAAUCCUCAAACAGCACGCUCAGUUGAAGAACAAGAAAUCGAGCAGUAUGCUGAACAAAUCGAAUCGAUGUCUAAUGAACAAAUAAUGGCUUUACUCCAACAUCCACCAUUCGUUAAACUAUUCCAAACAGUUCCGACAACGAUCUUAGCUAAAUUAUUAGAAUGUACUCUCAAUGGUGCCUCGUUCUAUCGUAAUACAAUGAAAAUUAUUCGUUUUACAUUACAAGCGGAAAUCGAUCCUCAUCUGGCAAUCUCGUUUAUGAAUACAAUUCAUACACCAGAUCUGCCAUUGAAACAUUUAAAAGCAAUUUUAGAACAUCCGACGAUCCGAAAAGAACCUUGGUUUGCUCAUGUUCUCUACGACAUUCUGAUAAUCUUACGUCUUUGGUUCGAACUAAUAACUGCAUAUACACUUCAACAAUUAGAUGAAGAUCAAUGUCAAUUCUAUCUGGACAUGUCACAUGAAUUUCUUGAACAAGUAGCGGCAGUAUUAACCGUUGCAUCAUCGUUAGAUCUCACGAUUUGCUGCGAAGCAUUAAUGAUUCUAAUUAUUCUUUGCGAAUCAUACGAAGACGCAUCUCCUGUACUUUGUCAAGCAUGGUAUGAUCCAAUUCGUUUAGAUAAAUGUCAAAUCUGGUCAGCUAUUGCUCAACUGAUAACGAUGACUUUCAAAGCAGAAAGUUCAAAUGCAGAAAUUCAUAGUGAAACUAUUAUGUAUACUGUCGCUACGAUUGCUGCUUUAACUUAUCCUUCACAAUGUUUACCAGAUGAAUUAUUUGAAGCAAAAAUAAAAGUAGCUAAUUCAUUUGCAUUGAAAUUACUCGACUCUAACUAUGUUCCAUUUCGUGACGCAUGGCUCGGUCAAUUUCACACUCCGAAAUGUAGUUCGAACAUUCUCAAAGCACUCUAUGGAAUGUGUUUAUCAACUUCACGCUUUAGUGCAUUUAUAUUUGAUAGUUCGUUCGUAUCCAGUGAACUAAUCGGUUUACUUCAUGGUCAAAUAACAACGGAAGAAUCGGACGUCGAUGAGGCGAUUGAGUUGUCAAUUCAUAUUAGCACUGUUCUGAUCAAACAAAUCAUAUUGCAAUACGAUAAUAAUACACGAAUUGAUUUACGAAAUCCACCGUUGAUCAAAGAAGAUCGCAAAUUAGAAAAACUUCAACCAAUCACUACCCAUAUUGCUCAGUUAGCACUAACAAGUCAAGUAUUACCACAACGUGCUGCGUGUGCUCUACAUCUUGUUCAUGCGAUUCUAUGUGGCAUGAAAUUUGCAUUGAACUUCGAAGAAUAUAUCGAUGGUCUUUCCGCUGUCUUCGUUCAAUCCGAAUGCGAUUUUAUUGUCCGAUUCCCAUUUCAACAUGGUUUACUCGAUGGAUUAAUCAUGUUAGUUUUUCACAUCGUACAAAUGGAUCCACAAAAAGCAGUCGGAUCGUUGAUUGAUAGUGGUUUGUUUCAUAUCUUAUGGCAGCAAGUUCGCGCAGCUUUUCAUUCGUUGCAUCGAAAUGAAACUGAUGAAGAAACAAUGAUGGUUAUAACACCCGACUGGAUUGUUAUUUCACGUGACGGUAUUCAUCAAUUACUUCAACUAACGUUGGAAUUAUUUCUUCAACGAAUGCAUAAAUGUUUAAGUUUACUUAUUCAACUGGACAGUGUGAUCUUCGAAUCGUUGAGUAUGAUGCUGAGCAAGGAAUUGAUCGAACAAUUGGAUAUCAAAUCGUCCAAUUCAUUAACAACAGAAGUCGUAACAUUGAUAUGUAAUAUCUUCAUGUUUCCUUUUUCCAUUGAAACAAGUGAAACAUUUCUUGAACGGACAUUGGAACUAUGUCAUCGUUAUGAUAUUAUCCAGAAACUUCUUUGGGUAACCAUGACACAUUUACCAACAGAUCGUGUCGAAGUACCGAUCGGUCUUGUAGCACAAUUAAGUUAUUACCAAGAAACUGCUCGAAAAACCAUCAGUCAAAUGCUCAUGGAAGAUGUUCAGUUAUGUCAAUUCUAUGCCAAUGUUCUCUAUGGGAGCAAUGAAAGUGAAUUUAUCCUCUGCGAUACGUUCUUCACCUUUACAAAUUUAAUCAAAGCGACAGAAAGUGUUGUACCAUCGUUAAGCGAUAUUCUCAGUGGACCGCAAAAUGACUUUGAUGUUCUGAAACGAGCUCUAUCGGGAAGUAAUUUAACGAAAGCGAAAUGUUGUUUUCUCAUGGGUCAUAUGACAAAAUCGUCUCGAACGUUUUGUACCGUUCUCAAAGCUCAUCCUGAUGUUCUCGAUCUUCUACGACAAUGUUGUUUCGAAGAAGAUUCUCAUGUUCGAAAAAUGGCAUUCUUUGUUCUGGGAAAUUUUAUUUCCACGAACGAAAUUCUGUAUGAGUACGUCGACGAAUUAGCUCCAUUUCUUGUACAAGCGUUAAAUGACACCAUAUCAAAAAUACGAUCCCAUGCUGUCAAUACACUUGGAUUCUUGGCACGUUACCGUUUAUCGGAUCGUUUAAUCGAAUUAAAAGUCGCGGAAAAAUUACUGGAUGUUGCUUGUCAUGAUACCCAUGUUACUGUUCAAGAAUUUGCUCUUCGCGUUCUGAAACAAAUGCUCAAACACGAACGAGCAAAACAGAUACUACAAGAAUGUAAUGCCGUUGAUAAACUAUCAAAUCUGCUUUCGAAUUUAUGUGCCCAAAUCGAGAAUAAUCAAUAUAGCGAGGUCGAUGGAAAGCAACAUUUCAUCGUUAUGACUUCGUUUUCAUCUAUUCCAUGGGGUUAUCUCGAACCAAUAAACAAUAUCUAUCCCCGAGGAGUUUUAACCAAACCUUCUUACACUAUCGGCCGUCAUCCUACUGAAUGUGACAUUAUUCUCGAUUCGAAAGAACUUCGACAACAUGAAUAUUUCAUUCAUUUAAGUUCCAAACAUUUUCUCGUCGAGUGCACUGAUAACGGUCGUUCAAUAUACUUUCGUGAUGUUAGUAGAAAUGGAUGUUAUAUCGAUGGAGAUUUGAUACAUCAUUCGAAGAUUCUGCUACAAAAUAGUGAACAUGUUAUCUCUCUUGCGUUGAAAGAAAAUCGUGCGUAUCGAUUUAUACGUUUAUCGGGUUUAUUCGAUGUAAUUAAUCUUGAUGAACGUUAUUUAAAAGCCAAUCUGCUCGGGUCAGGAUCAUUCGCGAAUGUUUAUCGAGCGAUUUCACAUGUGACAAAUACACGUCGAGCAAUCAAAAUUAUCAAUAAAGAUCAAUGUGAGAGACAAAUCGGCCCUGGAUUUUCCAAAUAUCUCUAUCGUGAAGUAUCGAUUCAUGGAAGUGUCGAUCAUCCUUGUAUUCUUCGCCGAUUUGAUGUUUAUCAUGAAAAGUCCGAUUUAUACGUCGAAAUGGAAUAUGCCGCAGGAGGAGCGUUACUCGAUCGAAUACAUAAGACGUACAUUAUGGAUGAAGAUGAAUGUAAAUUUAUUUUUUAUCAGAUUGGAUGUGCAUUGGCAUAUUUACAUCGAUUAAAGAUCGUUCAUCGAGAUAUAAAACCAGCGAAUGUUCUUCUCAUGUCAAAUGAACGAGAAACAGUUGCGAAACUAAGCGACUUUGGUGUGGCAAAGUAUGUCUAUGCGUCUUCGAGAUAUCUCAACACAACCAUCGCUGGUACACAGCAAUUUAUGGCACCGGAAGUACAAUUUCAGACAGGACAUUCAACAAAUGCAGAUGUUUGGUCGUUUGGUAUGACUCUGCUAAAUGCAUAUGUUGGCGAUACCGUGUUUCGUUUACGUGGUAUCCGAGCGUUGAAUUCAGUUUCACAUACGAAGAAAGACUUGAAAGAAAUCAUUACGAAAACUCUAGAGAAGAAUACAUAUGCUCGACCAGAUAUGAGUCAAUUAUUUCGUUACUCGUGGUUUCGCGAUAGCACAUGUUUCGAACGAAUUCAAAAACUUGUUCAUGCGCAGACUGGAUACACAGUUGGUAAAGCUCACAGAAUAGUAUCGUUCUUGUCAACAACGGCUCGGCUGAAUACAAAGCAGCAAAGACUUUGUCCUUUGUACAAAUGA